UGUAAAAAAAUAGUCGCCAUGUCAAAACAUCGUAAAACACAAAAAAGUGGAGACCAGUCGUCUGUGACCUAAUAGAUUUUGGUGAUGGCGUUAAAACCUACAACAUGUAAAGAAGCUAUUGCACGAUGGGAGAAAGAGAAAGAAGAAGUAGCUACCGAGGCAAAAAUUAUAGAGUUACAGUUCCAGUGGCCACCGAUAGAGAAAAUGGACGGAGCGCUCUCGACGCUUGUAAAUUGCGAAAAACUAAGUUUGUCGUCCAAUAUGAUUGACAAAAUAGCCGGAAUCGCAGGAAUGCGUAAUCUUAAGAUCCUAUCCCUCGGGAGGAACUACAUAAAAUCUCUGGCGGGGAUCGAAACCGUUGCUGAAACAUUAGAGGAGCUUUGGAUAAGUUAUAACCCAAUAGACAAAUUACGAGGAAUCGGAGUAAUGAAAAAUCUACGCGUUUUGUACAUUUCUAACAAUUUAAUUAAAGAAUGGGUGGAAUUCAAUAGAUUACAGGAAUGUCCAUCGUUAAGAGACUUAGUAUUUAUUGGAAAUCCACUCUGUGAUAAUCAGCCUGACGUGGAGACUUGGCGCACUCAAGCCUCUAACCGUCUGCAACAGAUAACGAAGCUAGACGGAAUACCUAUAGUCAGAGAAACAGAUUGAAUACAUAAAAGCGCUAAACCGUCGUGUGGUGAUUACGCGAACAUUUGCCAGUUAUUAGCAUAUCAAAAUGUUAUCAGAUGUAACGGCCGGCGCGCCCAGAGGCCACAUUACCGCUGCACUUCGAGACAAUAACACGAUUAGUGAAAUGAAUUCAGUAACCAGACCCCACAUGUAGGGAACGUGAUAAUCCAAAGAUUCUUAUCACAGACCUCGUCGACCAUCGACAAUGAUACGUUUAAUUUUUUUUUAAUAAACUCGCAUUGUAAAGGCGUGCU